GAUCAUAACGUCAUUUCAAUCACGUCUAACUCAAGGUUAUAGCAUUGCGCAUGUUUUAUAAAAUAAAUUAAUUUCAACGAAGUAAAUUAGUCGCUCUCCGUUUGAUGCUAUAUCGUGUGCUCCGUCGCUUUUCAGUUUCAUUCAACAAGAUGGUGCCAGAAGUGGUGUUUGUGCUGGGAGCGCCCGGCUCCGGCAAAGGGACGCAGUGUUCCUUGAUCUCUAAAGAAUACGAUUACGUGCACCUGUCCGCGGGGGAUCUGCUGCGCGAGGAGCGGCAGCGGCCCGGCUCCGAGUACGGAGAGAUGAUCGAGGAAAAAAUCCGUAAUGGCGAAAUCGUGCCCGUGGAGGUUACGUGCUCGCUCCUACACAAGGCCAUGCAAAAGUCCGGCAAGACGCGCUUCCUUAUCGACGGCUUCCCGCGCAACAAGGACAACUUAGAUGGCUGGGAACGCGUAAUGACUGACAAAACAAAGCUUCUGUUUGUACUUUUCUUCGAGUGUGGUCGGGAUCUGUGCACGGAGCGGUGCCUGGGGCGCGGCGCGGCGGGCAGCGGCCGCUCGGACGACAACCUCGAGAGCUUGCAGAAAAGAUUCAACACGUACCUGAACGAUACCAUGCCUAUCAUAGACCACUACGACCGCCUGGGCCUCGUGCGUCGAAUUAAUGCUGAAGUUGGCCCAGCAGAAGUGUUUGAGAGUGUCAAAAAAGUGUUCACAGCCGUUGAGAAAAGUGAAAGUUAAUUCAAUUAACAUGUAUGAAUAAAUAGGUCAAUCUUAGUUGUAAUGGUGUUUGACAUGAAGCAUUGUCAUAUCCUGUGCAAUAGUUAUUUAUUUGUCAGCUAUGAGUGAGUUUACAAGUUUUAAUUAUCCAGGGAUUUUAAAGUGUAUUAAUAACACCAAUUGGCUUAAUAGCCAUGUCAAGAAUGAGAUGAUUGAGUUGAACAGAGUUUUGCAUAAUGUGAUCACUGAUCAUGCUAGGUGAUUAAUUUUAUUAAAGCAAAAGACCAGGACAAAGUAAUGAUUUCCCCACUCUCUGUAAAACUAUGUUCAUUUGUUACUAACCCUUUGUGUGCCGAACUCCUGCAGUGGGACGAAAAUUAAAUUGCCAUGUCUGCCGGCCUCCAUUUUUAAAAUUUUGCCACAUUUGGCAGGGGCUGGGCGGGGCUACACACCAUCGUCCACGGAAUUAUGAAGUUUCUAUAAGCCUAAAAGAUCCUUGUCUAAUGAUUUAGCAUUAGUAUAUGUCUGAGCGGUACAGAACUAAUUUUUGACACUCAACUUUCCGUCAAGAGAGAGUACCUUACAUUGUUAUAUUGUCCCGCAGCGGGACACUGGCAGACAAGGCAAUAUUUCUUCCUGGCAGCAGCGGGAGAACGGCAUAUGUACAGACUUGUACAAAAUGGCGUCUGACACAUGAAAAGCUAAACUUCUAUGAUAUACAGAUUAUGAUGGUCAAUGUUACACCUUUAGCCAGGCCGGCCAUCUGUGGUGGUGUCCUUGAAAUAGCUAUACAUAAUAAUUUAAUCAAGAGAAUGUAUGAUGAGAAAGUUCCUAGAUAAUUUUCUGGUCUGGCCUGGCUAUAAUAGAUAAGGAAUUUGGCCCAAGUACUUUACAACAGGUUAGAAGCAACCUACGUUUUUAAAGUAAUUUUACGCAAUGAGAUUGGAAUGAUAAGAAAAAUCAGUCAUUGUUUUAAAUGAUCCCUAUCGGCUUUACUGUUUGAUAAGGCCUGUAAUCUUCAAGCUGUAAUCACUAGUAAUAUCUGUCUAAUUUACCUUGAAUUCAAUACAUAUCAUUGCUUAGCUAACAAUACCAUGCAAGUCAGAUUUGCUUGAUUUCAAGAAAGAAAAAACUUCAUUACAUAUAUAAUUGGUGACCAAUUGUCAUGGCCAAUUCUUGUCUUACACGGUAUUGUUAGCUAAGCGGCGACAUGUAACGAUAAAAUAUAGCCAUACUGUUGCCAUUAGUAAAAAUACUAUAUAUUAUAGGACAUUAUUACACAAAUUGACACAAACAAAAACAAAUUUACUAUGUACAGUCAGCGUCAAAUACUUCGUAGCAGUCAAAGUGGCCAAAUAGUUCGGUACACCAUACUAAAUAUAUGGUGUACCGAACUAUUUGGCUACUUUGACUGCUACGAAGUAUUUGACGCUGACUGUACACUUAACAUGUAUGCCGGCAGUACGUAUAGUGAUAGUUGUACUGCUAAAUCUUGUCACACCAAGACAAGUCUGCAACAAUUUUGAGGCAGUGCAAGUGUUAUUUUAAAUGUCAAACUUUUAUGAAAUUAUUAUGUAUAAGUAAACCUUGCACUGCCUCCACGGCAGACACAAAGCGAUAGCUUGAUGUCGUAAAAGCAGAUACGGGCGUUGCGUAAACUGGCUCACACGCGAGGACGCCCAGGAUCGCUCAAAGUGGAGGAAAGUGACCAAAGGCCGGGAUAACGCUAGGUAGAAGAAAAAAUUACACUUGCACUGUGUUUGCUAUCAAAAUAGUUGCAGGCUUAUCUUGGUCUAACUCAGUUUAAAUUCAAUUGGCAAAUACAGCUAUAGCUGUUACUGUUGAGGAACGUGUGCAAUGUGAAGUUAUAAAAUAAUCAGUACAACUCAGUUUUAGAUAAGCAAUAGAUAGAUAAGCAGCUUUAGAGCCAUUGUGAUAGUGCAUUGGCGUAUAAUGUCUAGUGGUUUUAUUAGUAUCCCUACAAGUAUAGUCAGCAAGAAUGCACACUCAUAUAGCCAUGUACACCCCAUUAUUACCAAAGAGAAGAUUGUAAUAGUGAGGUAAAGUCUAAGAAAAAAACGUGCCCAUUUGUUUGACAUCCAAAACAGAUGGUGCUGUACUGCGCCAUAUGUUUUGUGGUUACUGAGUUGUCAAACAUCAACUUUUGACGGAGUUACCGCAAAAUGUAUAGAGCUGUACAGCGCCAUCACGUUUACCUGUCGAAUUCGAAGCAUGAAAUUGUAUUAGAUUUUACGCAUCUUACUAAUUUAAAUUUGAACUUUAUUGCCACGGAUAAAACUUAAAUUUAACACAUUCACUGCCAUGGACUCGAUGGGUAUUAUAUUGGAAAGGGGCGCUUGGCACUGAAAUGUUAACAUGACUUCAAUCUAGAUGUAAAAGUAAAAGGAAUAUUUCUAUGAAUGGGCAGGGUUGUAAACAAAGUGGCAAAUUGGGCAAAAAAUAUUCCUUGGGUUUCCCAAGCCAAGAUGAGCCCUAGGACCGUGAGAUUCUCAGGAGAAUAAUACAUUUAUGGCCAGCUACUCGCUAGGCGGGUUGUCUAUCCGUAGGCGCUUUUCGCUACAUAAAAGAGUUAGCUCGCGCUAGCAGUAAAUGCGAAUACUUAUGCAUUAUUUAAUGUUGAGGGGGUCUAAAUGAGGAUCACCUCUGCAGCUGACUGUAAAAACAACAUUCCUGUUACUAUGCAGUCAUUAAUAAACGUACACUUACUGAAACUACAUUAUUUAUUAUCUACUGGUGAAAUUUCAUUGCUAUAAUAGUAAUAAAAUAUCAUAUGAAUA